AUGUUGUGCACAGCGACAUGCCCUGAUGCUGUUCCAGAUUGCAUACUGGCAAAAGGGGACGAGGAGGAGGAUUGGGGUGAGGAGACGGAGGAGGGGCUCACGGGGCAAGGAGGAGGAGGAGGGGCUGAUCCGUCAGGCAUGGGCAUCGCCGGCCUCCCUUCUGACAUCCUCGUGGAGGUGACUGCCAGAAUCGCCGGGGAGUCAACGACGCCCCUCGACGACAUCGUCAGCCUCAGGCGAUCAUGCAAGGUGUUCCGCGACGCGACGGCGGCGAGGGAGGUGGGCCGGUGCAUGGCGGUGGACAGGGAGUGGCGUCUGCACUGGUGGGACAAGGAGAGGUUCCUCUCGGUGCUCGGGGAGUGCGCGGCCACCGGCAACCCCGAAGCAUCCUACAUCCUCGGCCUGGAGGAGAUCUGCAACCGUAGGGGAAAGGAGAGCGGGCUCCAGCACCUCCACCGUGCCAUGAAGCACGGCCAUGCCGUUGCGGCCUACACCAUCGGCAUGAUUAUGCUGCGCGACGCGUACAAUCCCGAAGGUAUCGAGGAGGCAAUGGGAUAUCUGGAGGGAUGCUCUGCAGCAAGAACAAAGAGCAAGAUCAAGAUUGCCUCCGUUCGCAGAGAGGCCGCUUCGGUCAUGAGAAGGCUGACGAUGCGCCGCUGGAGGACGGCCGAGCCUGCUGCGCCCUGCGCCGACCCGCGGUGCGGGGAGAUGGAGACGGCGGAGGCCUGGGACGAGGACGACGAACAGAGGAGGUUCUGCAGCCGGCUGUGCAGAUGGAAACAUGAAUACCGCAAAUUUGUGCAGAGGAUUUAA